AUGGUUGACGCAGCUUUCAACCACCAAGGCAUCUCGCAGACCUACUUCGUCGAGGGUCGCCGUUACGCCCGGGUUAGGUUCACUCCCGGGCAGAACGACAAGAUUACAUUUGGCCCCCCCAGCAUUGAUGAACACUGGCCAUCGCUAGUAUCCAUCGGUUUCGGCAAAGUGGACGCUGUUCGGCCCGUCGAAGGGACACAGGACGAGGGGAUACUGCUUCUCCGGAACCCGCUUUGCCCGCAUUAA